AUGUCGUCUCGUGUGGGCUUCCGAUUCCUUAAUAACUCUCGCUUUGCUUUCCGCAAUGCCACUGCUCCCUUCCGCCGGCAGGCCGGUCAGGGCUUCCGCUUCCAGAGCACCGAGGCCGGUGCGGAGCAGCAGAGCAGCUUCUUCCAGCGCAUGUGGACCAGCCCUGUCGGCGUGAAGACCGUUCACUUCUGGGCCCCCGUCAUGAAGUGGGCUCUGGUCAUCGCCGGUAUCUCCGACUUCAACCGCCCUGCUGAGAAGCUCUCCCUCACCCAGAACGCCGCCCUCAUGGGUACCGGUGCCAUCUGGACCCGUUGGUGCUUGAUCAUCAAGCCUCGCAACGUCCUGCUUGCCGCUGUCAACUUCUUCCUCGGAUGUGUUGGUGUUGUUCAGGUCUCCCGUAUCUACGCGUACCGCAAGAGUCUUGAGGGCUCCCCCGAGGAGGCCGCCAAGGAUAUGGAGAAGGAGGUUGUUGACUCUGCCAAGGGCGUUGUCACUGCCGCAGAGGGUGCUGUCAAGGCGGUCGGCGAGAAGGCUAACUAA